AUGAAUCGCGACGGUGACGCCGAGUCAUCAAGUCAUUUACAACCGCCUCAGCCGCCGUCACGGUGGAGUUUACCAGCGAGCAAUGACGCGGCUACCUAUGACUAUAAUAAUCUAUAUUUGCAGGAUCUUCAAGUCGCAGGUGGUAGCCUAUGCCAGCCAUCGGCGUCUGAUAUCCCAGUAUCAGACACAGCGGCUUCCGACAGCUUCCAGCUGUCCUAUUCGGAGGAGCCCGCCGCAGGUGGGAGCCAGCACCAGCCUCCGGCGGCUCCUGGAAUAGCUGCACCCGUUGUGCCGCACCCUCGUCAGGGUUCCAGCUGGAAGGAGCCUCCAGGUGGUGGUCAGUACCAGCUUCCGUUCUCCGCAACACCUGCACCCAACUCAGCUCCUCACAACUUCAACUCCUACCUAGCACGCGAAUACAUGGGUGGCAGCUUACAGCCGGGGCUACAGUUCCCUACAGGGGGCGGGUCCCAUCAGGCUAUCAGCCGUUCCCCUCACUACCAUGACGGCUCUUCAGACACUCAGGCAUUAAUUCAAGCUCAAGCGGCUCAGGUUCUCUUGAGUUUGGGUGCCCAUGCCACUAACGACGAAGUUCACCGUCCCAGUGAUCCCGAAAACGAGGCUAGUACGUUCAAUAGGUUGGGUCAGACUAGGGACGUGGACAAGAGGGUCCCACACCCAUCCCCUUAUGAGUUCGGGCCGCCGCCGCCGCCUCCCUACGUACCACCGCGAUCCCAGCGACCAGUCAAAAUGAAAAUCCUGCAAAUAUCGUCGUUAGUAGUUGACCAAGUGAAGAAAGACGCUUCCGACUAUAUGACAACAACUCUGUUUGACCAGUGUCUCCUACCGUCCGUGCAGAUGAUCGACCAGUGGGCCAAGUCAGCGCUUGAUGAUGCGGCCGCUGUACACGUCACAAACAGGGAGGAACUCGCAGCGUGGAAGCAGCGGCAGGAGGGACGUGCCGUUCUUACGCAGCUAAAGGCCUCCGUCAAAAGGCUUCACACAAAGUCUCGGGACUACGCUGAGGGGUUUGUAGUUGGAGGAUAUAAAUUGUCCUUCGACUUAUUAACGGAUGCGACGGAUGCGGCUGUAAAAACGCGAAAAACAUACGCGACUUCUUUGGUGUCGAGCGUGAACUUCACAGACACUUUUAUUCAGUUUGACUUCUCACUGCAGCGCAUCGGAGCGUCUGGGCAACUCGAAUGGUUUUGCGCCCCAUUCUCGCACCCUAGCGUCACCGGCAUGGUCGAAUACAUGAUCGUUCACCAGCAAUUUCGUCGGCGUGUAAACUUCGAUUCCCCCGGCUGGGAAUUGCGGCUCAUGAACGUCAUUGCCUUGGCAGGAACACUCUGUCGCUGGGUGGUCAGUAGAUUCUCAGCGACCGGCUGGUUUCAAGCCCGUGAGCUUCACACGCCAGAAAAUGAAAGCUAUUAUACCUACUUGAAAGCCCGGAUGGCUUCAUUGUCAGGUGUUGAGAAGAUCCUUUUUCGCGAGCUUUUAGUCAAUCUUCGUUCUGUAUUUUUGACAUACCCUGGUUUCUAA